UUUACACGGCAAAAUUAUGGCUCAGAAAUUCUGAUGUCCAAGUCAAACAACGAGCCUCUGAAAGCAGCACUUCCGCUCGGUAUCCUAGCAACCACAAACGCUAGCUUGCCCUGGCUGACAGCUCGCUCCUCUGGGGUGAUUCGGCCUCUUUGUUUGCUUGUGCGGAAGAUGGAUGUUUCACUUGAGGCUCAAACCAAGUCGCUGGCUACACUGUCAGCCUUCAGCUACAUCCCACCGCGACGGAAUGAACCGAAAGAAAUGUCUUACUUUAACACCAAGUCAAAGGUCUCGAAUGUGUUCACAUAUGACCGAGUCUUCCACCAAGAGGAGGGUUUCGAUAUAAAGCGGAGACGCGAUGAUAGAAAACACUGGAAGGGAAUGGGACUCAACAUAAACCAGGAGGAGAUGUCCAGACCUGUGCCUCUGCUGUCAUCUUCGGAAUAUGGCCGCCGUUUCUCUCCGACCCUCAACCAAACAGCACGGCAGUAUGCACGUGUUGCUUCCACGAAAUCUGAGUUUUACAUGAAGAAUGGGAUCAUCUGGAGUGUGGCAGAAGGAUAUGGCUCAGUGGGUCCGACCUGAUGGCACUGUGUGUCCCAGCAUGACAUGAAAGGAUCUGUUCCUUUUGUCUUUGCACAGUAAAUCGGUUUUUCACGGAGCUGUUUUGUGUGAUGGGACAGUAUUUUUAAAGAUAAAUGCAAUAUUUCUACAACAAUUUACCUUUUUAGAUAAAUGAUUGACAUAGGGUAUCAUGGUUAAUAAGAUUUAUAAUUAUGCUUCAUAACGCAGUGUGUUUAGGAGAUCUCUAAGGAUGAGUUGGGAAGUAAAGAGACAACAACAACAAAAUGUUUGGUUGAUUUGGAAUCACUCCAUCACUGUGAACAUCGUUUGAACAUUUACAGUGUUUUGCAAAUUUCUUCCUACUAAUUUUUCAAUUUACAACCACAGACUUCAAUGUAUUUAAUCAAAACUAAUUAAGCAAUAAGCACAACUGCAAGCCUACCAAUACAUGGCAGAUCACCUAAGCCGACAGGCUGUGCAAGGAGAGCUUUAUCAGAGUAGCACCCUAAAGGCCCAUUGUAUCUCUGGAGGAGCUGUAGAGAUCCCCAGCUCAGAUGAAUCUUUUGACAAGGCAAAUAUCAGUCGUGCACUCCAAAAUCUGUCCUUUAGGAAAGAGUAAUCAUAGGAAAUCCCAACUACAAUGAGAUGAUUCACAUCAUAGCAUAGUGAUGUUAGAAAGGCUCAGGCAAUGCCCACAUCAAAAUCCAAUUGAAAAUUUGUUGUUGAUAUUGAAAAUCUUUUAUUAGUGGCACAAGUGGGAAAUUUAAGUUGUCACAGCAGAAAUUAUAUCAGGACAAGAGUAACAGAAAUGAAAGGACAGAAUAAUAAAUAAAUAAAAGUGGAAAGAUUGAAAAUCGCUGUUCAUGGAGGCCUCUGCUUAAGUUCAAGGCGAGGUAGGUAGUAUAAAGACACAAUCAGUUGCAAAAUCUUUUCCUGUCAUUAUUAAUAAUUAUUCCAUAUCAUGGCACUAAAAACUAGACUAGAUUUUCUUAUUUUUGAAGCUGAUAUUGAUGUCAAGUAAAAUGUACUUUUCAUUUUUAUUUCAAUACACAAACAGAUUACCUGAUAAAACAUGUUUUGGUAACAGGGUUUCAGAGGUGAACUAGAAAAGUACUUGUAGUGUCAUGCUCAUAUUUUCUACUUUAACAAAUCUAACUCUGUUUUGUAUUUUUAGAUGUAUUUUUUGCUACCAUUACCUGUUUCCUUUUUUAUUCUCCACUGGCCGAUUUGACUCACCAGGCUCCUUGUUUCCUCUUGUGCACAAACUGUGAACCUGCACAACCAAACACAACUCUAUACCUAAAAUAAAAUUAGUUGGGUUUUAUCUCAAGUCAUCUUCUGAUAUUUGUGUUCUGGCAGGAAUAUAGCGGCAGGGAGCUAUUUCAGUCUGCUUGGUGUUAGAACUGCAGUGUUUGUUAAUAAAAAUUAGGACCUAACACACAAGGUGAUAUUUUCUGCUUUUGAAUAAGACAAAAAUCAUAGAUGAGUAAAUUAACAAUGCUGUAACACUGGGUAGUAGUUUGUAACUAAAGCCUUUAGAAAUAAAUCUCAGGGAGUGCUUCUACCUUAAGGAGCGAGUCCUGAAGUAAAUCUG